GUAGCAAUCACCAUCAUGCUCAAAGCUGUGAUCCUGAUUGGAGGCCCCCAAAAGGGGACCCGCUUCAGGCCUUUGUCUUUUGAAGUGCCCAAACCACUGUUUCCUGUGGCAGGCGUUCCUAUGAUCCAGCACCACAUAGAAGCCUGUGCCCAGGUGCCUGGAAUGCAAGAGAUUCUGCUUAUUGGCUUCUACCAACCUGAUGAGUCCCUCAUCCGCUUUCUAGAAGGUGCCCAACAGGAGUUUAACCUUCCGAUCAGGUACCUGCAGGAGUUUGCUCCCCUGGGCACUGGGGGUGGUCUGUAUCAUUUCCGAGACCAGAUCUUGGCUGGCAGCCCCGAAGCCUUCUUCGUGCUCAAUGCUGACGUCUGCUCCGAUUUCCCCUUGAGUGCCAUGCUGGAUGCCCACAGACGCCAGCCCCACCCUUUCUUACUGCUUGGCACCACGGCUAACAGGACACAGUCCCUCAGCUACGGCUGCAUUGUUGAGAAUCCGCGGACACACGAGGUCCUGCACUAUGUGGAGAAACCUAGCACCUUCGUCAGUGACAUCAUCAACUGUGGCAUCUACCUCUUCUCCCCCGAAGCCCUGAAGCCCCUCCGGGAUGUCUUCCAGCGUAACCAGCAGGACAGGCAACUGGAGGACUCCCCGGGCCUGUGGCCGGGAGCAGGCACCAUCCAGCUGGAACAGGACGUGUUCUCGGCGCUGGCCGGCCAGGGCCAGAUCUAUGUACACCUCACCGAUGGCAUCUGGAGCCAGAUCAAGUCUGCAGGCUCUGCCCUCUACGCCUCCCGCCUCUAUCUCAGCCGAUACCAGCUCACUCACCCAGAAAGGCUGGCCAAGCACACGCCGGGGGGCCCACGGAUCCGAGGAAAUGUUUACAUCCAUCCAACGGCUAAGGUGGCCCCCUCCGCUGUGCUGGGCCCUAAUGUCUCCGUUGGAGAGGGGGUGACUGUGGGCGAGGGUGUCCGACUCCGGGAGAGCAUCGUCCUCCACGGGGCCACGCUGCAGGAGCACACGUGCGUGCUGCACAGCAUUGUGGGCUGGGGAAGCACCGUAGGGCGCUGGGCCCGUGUGGAGGGAACUCCCAAUGACCCCAACCCCAAUGACCCUCGAGCCCACAUGGACAGUGAGAGUCUCUUCAAGGACGGGAAGCUACUGCCGGCCAUCACCAUCCUGGGCUGCCGUGUCCGGAUCCCUGCUGAAGUGCUUAUCCUGAACUCGAUUGUUCUGCCACAUAAGGAGCUCAGCCGCAGCUUCACCAACCAGAUCAUCCUAUGAGGGGGGCCGCCAGGAGGCCUCCACUCCUCCGCUCACCCCUCAAGCUCCUGCCUGGCCAGCCCGGUUCCAGAAAGGCCAGGGUGGAGCUGGGCAGGAGACCCACGCGCCAGGACGCCACGUGGGUGGCCGUGGGACUCUGGCUUCCCUGCCCGCUCCCUAAUAAACCCCGUGAACCUUAGAGCCAG